UUGUGUUUACCGUUAACUUAGCAAUACAUAUUUAAUAUAAGUGUGUUUCCCACAUUUAGCAUGGAGUUUGCCCAACAAAUUGAAGCGUGUUCAUAAUUGGCUACUUGUUUAUUUGAGAAAUUACUGAUCAAAAGGCUUGCACUUUUACUUUAAACCUGGAACUAUCCGAGUUUUAUAAAAGAAAAACUUUGCUUACCAGAGAUACUGGUGCUGGAAAAACAAACUCAAUUUGUCUAUGAUGUCGUAAUGGAGUCACCGCUGCAGCCCAAAGUCAACAACAACCUGUGCAAUAAGGUUUCGCCGAGUAUUGACAAGAUGAGUUCAAGCAUGAACAGCAGCAGCACAUUGGAGGACACCACUCCCAGUGAUUCGGGCGUGCAAAUGAUGGACUCAGAAAACAGCGAUGUGAUGAUUGAUUCAAUCACUUCGCAGCUAGGUGUGGAGUACGACGAGCCACUCAGGGCAAUUGCACUUUGCCAACAAGCAGUGGACUCCAACUUGAAUGUGGCAACAGAGGAGACAAUGACUACCAGCACUUGCUCUACUUUUGAGGCAGGCGAAAAGAUUGUGUACAGGCGUAAGGUACACAAAACUUCAUCCACUCCAAAAGCUCCAAAGAAGCGCGUAUCCUUUCACGAGGAUAUACUCAAAAAUACACGAACUGACAAUAUUCACAUAGAGCAUGGGUUUAUAACAUAUAAAAACGGACGCAAAUUAGCCAUAGUAGGCAGUAACUCAGCGGGCGUGGCCGGUGCUGCUGGACGGUAUUCGUGGUGUGCUGAGCGUGAGCGCGUCCAGGCUCCUACUGAGCUAAGUGGUGUUGGCAGAGACACUGCCGACACCGAAGAAAGCGGCCAGGUGGGUCACAAUCGUCGUCUGGUUUAUCGCAAUGCCUGCUCGGAUGUUUUAGACUAUGGAAAUACAGAUAUUUAUGAUACCAAUGAACCAGCUGGUCUGAAAUAUGACAACUCGGGUGUAUUUGAAUAUGUUCCUCAAUCAGCUGAUAAGCCAAGCGAUGAGCAGCUGCUUUACCGUUGCGCCUGCAGCAGUUCAAACUCCAGCCUAGACUCAGAUGAGCAGGACAAAAACUCAAACUCGCAAUCCAGUCGCAAGCAGUAUGAACAGGCAAAGAGCAGCUCAUGCGAUUGCAUUGGAAUGAAUAGCGCUAACAAUAAUCUAAUUGGUAACAACUGUUAUUACUCGGAGCCAAGCAUUGGCGAUGCCGGCGACAGUCCCCAGCACAAAUCCGUUUGGAACAAAGAAAAGAAGCCCAAGUCGAGUUGCUUGAAGAAAACUAAAAGACACACAAACAUCAUUCAGGAGCAGGACCUUAAUGAGCGCGUUAAAAAGUUCAAUGUGCACGACAUCAAACAUCAGCUGCUAGAUAACAGCAGUAAAAUGAUAUUUGGUUCGUUGAAGAGUAUAUUUACCAUGCGGUUGCCGGAACGUGGUGUGCCCGAGGGCUCUGAGGAUCUACAAGCUGUUGUAGAGUGUGUGCCUGAGCUGGAGCAGACACCAGAGCACAAGCCUAAGCCGGCUUGCCAAAACCAGUCCCCGGAAUCACCACCGCUUAAACCUAAGCCAUUUCUUAGCAAAAGUCUCGAUGGCAGUAAACAGUCGCAGGGUAUUAAAAAGUUUGUGCAUAAUGUGGAUGAACAGCUGCGUCGCAAAAAUGAUGAGUCAGGCAGCUCUGCAGAGGCAUCGCCUGUGGAUCUUAAGCAAUCACAACAUGUGCUGCAGCGCCAGCACGAGUUUGAUAAUGAAACAUCAGCCAUGAGUACAGCGCAUGAAUUUCGCAGUAAAUUUAUUAUCAACUGCGAGAGCACGGUCUUUGAGCACACAGGUGUAUCCUAUGAGACCAGCGCACCACAAACACAGUGUACUCUGUCCAUGUCGCUGCCACAACCCAGCAGUAGCAGUGUGGCAAGUCUACUUGAACGGAAUACGCCUAUUGCACAGCCAGCAAAUCAAGCUCGCAGUUCGUUCAUGGAUGCGCCCUUAGCAAAGACAUUUAGCAACUUUUUUCGCACUCUUAAGGAAAGCUCUGCCAGCAGCAGCACAGCUGAGAAGCAUCAGCAACAAAAACAGGAGCAGCAGCAGCAGCAACAACAGCAGGCAGCCACUGAUAGUUAUUUUGCAGCUAAAAUGUCUAAGGCGUCAUCACAGCAGCUGCCACCGCAGCAACAGCAACCUUCAUUUCCUUGCAAGUUAUCCACAACCAACUCUUCAUCCACCAUAUCCGAGCUUAGCUCUAUUAGCAAUAACACCAAUUCCAAUUCAAACUCUUACAACAAAGUGCAAGCUCCAAAUCCGUUGAGCAAUGUGGAGCGACAGUCACGUCAUUUAUCAUCACCCUUAAAAAAAGCUGGGCAGCGUCAGGCCUUGAUGCCGCCACGUUAUGGCGAUACACGUCAAGAACAUAGUCGUAGUCUGCAUAGUCCAAGUUGCUAUUUGGGAGCACGGCCUAGUCUUAGUGGCCCAGGUGGCAGCGGACGCAACUCUCAGAGCACAAUUUUAAGCGAAGAAUUUGAUGAUAUCUUGACCAUAACCACUACCACAGAUACAGCCAAUGAUAGGCCAAGCACAGAGAGCGAUCUGGUGAUAGUCGAUUACGCGGAUUUGGACUAUGCUCAACUAUUGAAACCGCCAGCGACAGCAGCAAAAACAUCAUUAAUCAAUCGCUUUUUGCGCAAUGUUACACAAAAGAAAAUUCUUGAAUCCUCCAUUAGAAAAAAUGAUUUCUUUACGGACAAAUUGCGCAGCGAACAAAAAUUGCUUGCCUCAAAUCUUUAUGUGCGAGGCGUAUGCCCGAAAAAUUAUGAGUUAAUUGAUGAUUUGAAUGCUGAGAUAGCCAUGGAAAUAGAAAUGUCAGGCGCGAAUUCGCCGCGUCGCGAACUUGCCGUUGGCCUCGACUCUGAUUUGCCUGGUAAUGGUUCACGCUUUGAGCUGGGCAUAGGCGAAAUAUCUAUUGACAUUUUCACAGGCAAACAUUUGUCUAUCUUUCAUGAUCCGAACGAGCAGCUGCUCAAGGUAUUUAAGCUAUAUACUGGAUACAGUCACGAGGGCUUCAUGACGCCAGUACUGGUGCUUCUAACUGACUCAAAACUUUAUGUGACAGAUUUGGUGCGCAAUUGCCUGUGCGCCAAAUUUGUGCUGGCCUAUAAAGACUUGGAUGUCAUAUUGAUGGGUCCAUUUGGCAAUACGGUGUUGCUUAGUAAUAGCAUGCGGGACAUGCAGCAAGUGUUGCUUGCCGGCGGUCCAUAUUCAGCAGAUGCACUAGUAGCUAAUUUGGAACUUUGUGCGCGUCGCAGCGGCUUUUUGGCAUUGCCAGCCGUUGGGCAAUUGACAAUGGAACAUUUGGCACCGUUGCAGGACUUUGUGCGUGCCAAUAGCUGUGUGAGCAAAGAUGAAAAUUGGAUGUUCUACGCAGUGGUCAAUGUGCCAGCUGGUGGCGCCUUGGGUAUGGGUUUGCCUGGCGAAGAAGAACCUCUUGGUCCGCACAUUAAAGGUUUUCUAAUGCAUCGACGCAUUAAGGAAACAGCAAGUGCAUCUGCAGCGGCUAAACUAAGCUGGCAACCUGGUUACUUUUUGUUAAAAGCUGGCGUGCUAUACAUGUUUAACGACUCCACACAGAAACUGCCCAGCUGGGCCAUGGCUCUGGCAGAGUGUCAAGGCGCAAGACGCUCGGUUAGGUCCGCACGCCCGCAUUGCUUUGAGAUCAUGCUAAAGGGUGAACUACUGCAAAUGGCAGCGCCAGAUGAAUAUGUGGCUUCGGAAUGGCUGCAGGCGUUACUACAAUCAGCCAGUGGUCUCUUUGAACUUCAGGAGCGUCAUAAGGCACUGGGUUGCACCUUAAUUAUAACACAGAAUCAUCUAAUAACCUUGCGCGAGGAUUUCGCUGCACCAUUGCGUCAGCUCAACAAGCAGAAGGAAACAAUAAUUUCGACACCAGAACCUAAACAGCUCUUACGUGAGGAGGAAAUGUUGUGCAUCUUUGAAACCAGUAGUUUGUUAAGCUCCACAAUGAGCACUCCGACGCGAGGCCCUCUACGCUAUUCUUCUUCGCUAAACUCCACACCCACAAAACAGUUGCUGGAUACGCAGGAUAAGCCCAGCACUGUAACAGUUGGACAGUCAAAAAAUAUGAGCAGCGUAUAUGGCCGAAACUCUGGCCUAGAAAUACUGACGUGUGCAGAUAUUAAGGCAAUGACUGGCAUUAAAAUUCCUUCGCAUAGUGAGACCUGGUGGUGCAUACUAGAGUUCUCUUGUCAGGAGGCGCCAUUAGAGAGUCUAGAUGAUUUGAUUAUAUUCUUCUCCAGCAGCAUGGAAAUGCAACGCUUUAUGCGCCUAUUAGAACAACUUUGGCAAGCCAAAAAUAAUGAUCUCUUCCCUAUAACUAUAAUGGAUGAUGAGGAACCCCUCGCCGAAAAGUGCACAAUGCUCUACUUGGACAUUAAUCGUGCUUGGGAGCCGCUUCUAACUGCUGCCCUGGGCUACCCACUAUAAACGCGCAACUAAUCUAAUUAAAGUAAACAUAUGUAAUAAUAUAUUUUGCUUUGAAUGGGUAAACUGACAUUAGCUUGUGUCCAUGUUCAGCUAAAUAUUUAAUUGUAAUACUCUAGCAAAAUUGCUUUAAAAACAGUCAAGAAAUA